AUGCCACUGUUGUUCGCGAUCUUCUUUGAAAUGCAAUACAUAUUCUCUCUCUUCGAUGAUAUCAUUUUGAUUUGCAUCCCAUCUGAGAGUAUAGAAAGUAAAUACUUCAUCAGAUCGAGGACCGGCACCCACACUGUUAUACGCCUGCAAUACCAGAAUAUAAGUGGUCUUUCGCUUCAGAUUUGUCACAUAACUGGUCUCGAAUUUAUUCGAGUCGUUAUCACCAUUGAUAUCGACAUUCUUGUACUGAAACGAGGGGGUUUCCAUUUAAUCUUCAAAGAUGUCGAUGAAGUGGUCUCAAUGAUGACAUCAGUGGGCGGACCGCCCGGAACUUCUUCAACCGUUUGGAAGACUAGUGUCGAGGAACUGGAGUCACUCCUUCCCAAUGCAUUUUCCGCAUACAUACGGAUUUCAUAA